AUGGCCCCCUCCAAGAAGAAGACCUCCGACAACAUCAACUCGCGCCUGGCGCUUGUUAUCAAGUCUGGAAAGGUCACCCUCGGCUACAAGUCGACUCUCAAGAGCCUGCGCUCCAACAAGGCCAAGCUUAUCAUCAUCGCCGGCAACACCCCGCCGCUCCGCAAAUCCGAGCUCGAGUACUACUCUAUGCUGUCCAAGACGCCCGUCCACCACUUCAGCGGCAACAACAUCGAGCUUGGCACUGCUUGCGGUAAGCUCUUCCGCUGCGGUACCAUGGCCAUCCUGGAUGCCGGUGACUCGGACAUCCUGAGCGAUCAACAGGCGUAA